UUUUUUAAUUAUCUUGUUUGUUUGUUUUUCUUCCUCUUUUUCAUUAUGAAAUGAGCACUGAAUACUCGAAUAUAUUAAAACGGUUGAAAGUUAAAUCAAAUACUAUUCAGCAUAUUCAGGAAUGGGAGCCUGUAGACAGCUUAAACCAAAUAUAUUAUAAUCAGCAACAUAAAUUGUAUAAAUUUGUAAAUAAUUCAAAGCUUAAUGCAAAUGACAUAUACACUAUUUUAUUAAGUGUUGACACUCGAAAACAUUGGUGUCCAUGGAUUAAGGAAAUAAAAAUAGUAAAUAAGCCUAAUCUAAGCACUAAUGUGCUUGAGAUGACAACAUUUGUUAACCAGGAAAUUAAAACGUUUACAUGGAUUGAAAAAAUAAUAAAAAAAGAUCAAAAAGUGAGUUACAUUGGAAGCAACACAGAUAACUUUAUUAUUUGUGAUUUCGAGUAUUCAAAUACAACCGUCUACUAUCACCAAGAAUACCAUUCUGUCAUAUCGACUUUAUUUGAUAAUUUAUUUAACUUUAACAAUAACUUUAUUCAUGCCUGGUUGAGUCAAUUUGAUCAAGAUACUAUAAUAAUAAAUCAAACUCAUUUAUCAUCAAGUCAAUACGAAUUAGAUUACACUUAUGAUCAACGACGUCAUCCUUCAGCUUCUAUCAUAGAGCAUCGGCUAUGUAUCGAAUUAUCAAAAAUGAUACCUGAUAUAACAAUUUCAAUAAUAAACAAAUCUCAAUGGUCUGAUAAGCUCGCUCAACUUUGUGUUCAUUUAUAUUCUAAACAAGAUAAUUAUCUUAUUGAAGUUGCACAUCCACAUAACUUGUUACAGCACUUUGAUAAUGAUCAAUCUAUUCAAAUCCAGUUGAUUAUAAAGAAAUCACUUAAUAAUACAUUUAUUGUUAAUGGUAAAGAAUGGCCAGUUAUGAUUAUGAAUAAAGGUGAAGAAGAAGAUGGUGAGAGUGAUGAUAUAUUUGUUGAUGGAAUUGAAGAAAAUGAUACAGACAUAUUGGACGAAGCUACCGUAUUUAAAGCAGAUAAUAACAAGGUAGCAAUACCGUCAUCACUUUCUAAUGAUAGCGAUUUAAUCCAUAUGGAUCAAAAAUUACUUGUAGCCAAUAAAGCUGAAAUACAUCAUCUUCCUUUUAUAGAACAGCAAACAGCAAUGACUAAUCAAUUUGUUAAAGAGACAAACAAAUCAUCUUCAUCUAAAGUGAACGGUGUACAUGACAAAUUAAUAUCAACAGAAGCAAAGCUACCUAGCUGUGAUCCAGCAGCACUACAAAAGAUAUACCCUCAAUUCAUCAAGUAUCUUCAACUCUCAUCUACCUCUACUCUAAUUCAAUCUCCCAGCAAAGAAAAUGGAUAUGUAAUUAUAAAAAAAUUAGAAAUACCAGACCAUCCAUUUGGUGGAUUCUUAAGUGAAUCAACCUGGCGAAACUGUAGCAUAUGGGAUGUAAAGGCUGUUUUGGAAAAUGCAAGUGCUCGAAAGAUCUGGGACAACACAUUUGAAUCAACAACAUUUUUGCAUCCUCUUACAUCUACUAGUUCUAUUUGGCAUACAAAGAUGAAGGGUACUUGGCCUAUAAAUCCGCGUGACUAUAUUUGUUUUCAUGGACACUAUACUAUGGGCACAAAUCGUAUUGAUUUAUUAGCAACCUCGUGUAUAGGUGAUAUGUUUCAAUAUAAACCUCUACCAUCAAGUCAUAUACCAGGUUAUACUCGUGCAAUGAUCGACAUCCUUGGCUGGAGACUUGAGCAAAUCGAUCCUCAAACAGUGUCUGUGCGGCAGGUGAUGGUAACCCAUUUUUCUACUUGGGUUAUUAAUUAUAUCACAAGUCGAUACCUCGUUCAGACCUGUGCUGCUGUCCAAUUUGCGCAAGAUUACUUAAAGGACUUUGGAGCACCACCAAGUCUUGAAAACUUAUCAAGGGCUCAAUUAGUAGGUAUCAAGUACGAUCAUGAACGUAAAAGCUGGCGAUGCGAAUAUCAUCUACAUCCUGGUGAACAAGAUACAAAGACAACUACUUCAAUUAUUCGUUUAGAUAAUCGAAAGUCUGGAUAUUCGGUCGUGAUCGAUCCUCCGCCGUCACGUGUUUUGGCACAAAAGAGGACGUAUGACCCAUAUGGUAUUUGGCUAACGAUAGAGCAUGAUGAAGCAUUUAUUAUCCCUUUACAUGGCAAGAUUUUAACUUUAAUAAAAUCAGAUAAACAGGGGAACGUGUCUGGAUCAUCAGAUCAUCUUGAAAUUAAUGGUGCUUUGAUAGUAAUUGAAAAGGAUGAGUUAUCUAUUAUCAAGAAUACAAAGGAGCCAUGUAUAGAGCAUGAUGGUUUAAAGAGGAGUGAGAGAGCAGUAGAGGAAGAAAAAGUAAUAAAGGUAGCCAGUGAAGAAGAGAGAUUAAAAGAAGCAUUAGAUCAACUUCCAGCACCUAAGGAAUAUGCGCAAGCAGCAUUAGCAUUUCUAAAAUCAACAGAUGAGCAAUACGGUUGGACGGUCAUAUCAGAUAAUAGCAAAACAGGGAUACAAAUCAGUAAGAAACCAGGAUUAAAAACUACAAAGAAGCCUCUCGACAAUUCAAAAACAACCCUAUUUCAAGUCUUUGAACCUUACAUGAUUUAUAAGGGAACCAAAGUGAUUGAAAACUUUUCGACCGAUGAAAUUCUUGCCGUCAUAUCUGAUUUAGGUGAUGUCAGAAAAAUAUGGGACGAUACCAUCGAAACGCCUAUUGAUCUUAUACGAACUACAAAGGAUCCCAACUGUAAUAUUAUUCGACAGACAAUUAAAUCCAUCUUUCCCUUCAAAAAUCGAGAGUAUUAUGCUAUUCGUUGUCUAGCUCAGGAAGAACCUUUGCCAUUGAGUUCAUCAAGUACAUCCAUGAAACGCACAUUUUAUGUUGAAUGUUCCCUGCAGGAUUUCCCUGUCAUUCAUUCGAAAAGAACACAAGGUCACUUCUUUGUCUCGGGUUGGAUCCUUGAAGCCAUUGAUCCUUAUAAUACAACAACAACGAAUCAUCCAAUACCAUCUACACGUAUUAUCUAUGUUGCUACUCUUGAUUUAGGUACCUCUAUCCCGUCUUACAUUAGCAAUCUGAUUGCUAAUAAUUGGUUCCCAAAAAAGAUUCAGGCAGUUGAAAACUACUUAAAGACACAGGGGCCACCACCUUUCAUUACAGAGCCUAACACAAUGCUUUUAUUUUCAUCCAACAAGCUCUAUCAACAGGAGCAACCAAGGAAGGAUAUUGAGAUAUCAUGGUUAAGUACAACUUCCAGCUAUGAUCAUCAUGAGCAUCAUCUUAAAAUAAAUAAUUGUUUAAAAAUAACAGAGUGUGCAUCAUCAUCAUCAUCACCAUUACAACGUCAUCGAUCGAGUGCAGUACAUAAGAAAAUCAACAUCAACAUCAAAUUUUUACAAGCAACAUUUGAUCUUCGAGGAUACCCACAAGGCUAUGAGAUACAAACCCAGCUUUAUGAAAUAAUGACAACAGAACGAAUCAACGUAUCACAUAAAUUAAUGCUUACUUUAUGUGAGCCUCCGUUUUCUAACUUACUAGAUGACCAGAAAAGAUGUAUAAAGCAUACAGUAACAGUAGAGGGACAGCAUCUAUCAUCCGCCAUGUAUGAAUUUGACUUUUUAUUAGUGCCUAUUAAUAAAGAGGAAAAGCAUCAUGUCUUGACUGUCUCACAUGUGCUGGGUGAAAGAAAGUCAGAUGAAGGAUGGAACGGUCUGAUGAUCGUCAAUGGACAACAAGUUCAAACAGAUAAAGACAUUUAUUUAAAAACAAUAAAUGAUGAAGACAAAAGUCCUCAUCAUGUAAAUACGAAAAUACCUGAGGUUGAAGCAACUACGAGUCUUACUACUAUGACUGCUCAAUACAUGGGUGGUGGUGUUGUAGCCACUGCCUUGGAGAAUGUAUCUGCUGGAGUGAAUAAUAUUGGAGCACGUAUGAUGAUACCCUUUAGAGCAGCAUCCAAUUCAUUUCUUUCAUCACCUGUUGAGCCGCAAGAGGAAAAGGAUACUUCUUCAUCUUCUGAUGAGGAAGAAAACGAAACACGCCAUCAUCAUCAUCGAUUUACAAGAGAAGAGCGAAAUAAGAUAAAUGAGUCCGUCUCAUUACAUGAAGUACGUAUGUUGAGAAGAACAAGAGAUACGAUGAGAAAGGGUAUUUUAUUAUUGUUUAUUUGCUUGGGACUUGCAAUUAUCUUUGCGCUACUUAUGUUACAGCCCAUAUUGGAAAGAAUGGUGGUUGACGAAUCGUCUACAGUACGAAGGCUUGUUCAAUUACCUUGGUUUGGAGGUUGGGAUAUUCAAGUAAUAGCAAUUCAAAGAGCAUAGGCUUUUUUUUUCUUUUUUUUUUUUUU